ACCACGUCGAGCACAAGAUACGCGGGAUACUGUCAGAUACUUUGAGAAAGAUUCAAAUACGAGUGCGAGUGCGAGACUUUUGCUACGUUUGUGGCUUUUUCGCGUAACGUCUUUUGUUUUUGACUUCGGCUUUGCGGAUUUUUUGGCUUUUUGUCUUUUGCCCCGCGGCUAAACUUGAAAUUAUUGCUGAUUCGGCGAAGUAGCAGAUACAAAGAUACAAGAUACAUAUGCAGAUGCGAGCUCAGCGCAUAUAAACAACAAGACUGAACAGAGUGAAGUGAGGAGGAGAUACAAGUGACAGAUAGACAUCGCGCGAACCCACGUCGAGAUACUUUAUUUAUAUUGUCCUGGAUUAAAUAUAUCUAAAAGUCUCGAUAGUGGCUCCAUCGCCGCCAUGUCCAGCUAAGCUGACCAGCUCCUGAGAUCUCUGUAUCAACCUCAACUCAUCAACCCAGAUUGCAUCGCCGCCAUGCUGGACAAGCAGAGCUCAUCCUCCAUCUCGAUGUCAGCCUCCUGCUGCAGCUCCAACGCCACCAAUGCGGACCUGGACUACGAUGUGCCGGUCUCGCGGCGCAUUCACAUCAAAACGAAACUUUAUGCCAAGGCUAUUUACGAUAAUUAUGCAGACACGCCGGACGAGCUGCCCUUCAAGAAGGGCGACAUCCUCACCGUCAUCGAGCAGGACACGGAGGGCAUUCAGGGCUGGUGGCUCUGCUCCCUGCGGAACCGACAGGGUCUUUGUCCGGGCAACCGCCUACGCAUCCUGAACUCUUACGACUCCGGCUGCUUCUCUCCGUCGCCGGCGAGCUCACCCAUACCCUCGUUGGCCGCCAGCACAGCCACCCUGAACAGCUCCAUCUGCUCGGCGGAGAUCUACGAGAACGGAUCCAUCACCAGUGCGGCCUCAGCCUCGUCCAGCUGCGGCGGUCCGGGAACGGAGUCAACGUCGGCGCAGGGCCGUGGCGCGAGGAGAUCUUGGCACGUCUCACCGAACAAGGUUAUAACCCCACAGAGACACGGUGAUGUCUACAUCUACAACUACUCUCCAGGAUCUGGGACAGGCACGGGAACGGCCAGCCCCCGCACACCCCAGCAGCAGCAGCAGCAGCAGCUGUACAGCAACCAAAGCAUCUACCAGAACCUAGGAGCCAUCGGCAUGAUGUCCCACAACGGGAGUGCUGCCGCUCCCAGUGGCAGUGAGUUCGAGACGUACGACAUCCCCAAGCCCGCCACGCCUGUGCCGCUGAAUUAUGACAGCCCCAGGAGUGGAGGAGGCUCAAGAACGCCCACUAGCCUGUCAGCCCGCUUCGAGUCGUUAAAAAGCGUGCCGGCUUCCAUUGAGGAAGAGUCCUACGAUGUGCCCCGACCCCUGAUCUCCGCCGGCCUAAUGACCCAGAUGACGCCGAGCACCUCCGCAUCCUCGCUGCUGACCAGUGACAGCCUGUCGCUGAGCUUCUCUAGCUCUAAUCGCUCCUCGCUGGCCAACAUGCCCGACUAUGACAUACCGCGGCGCAAUCCCCUGCCUGUGCGUCGUCAGCAGAGCGGUCUCGCUUACGAUUCGCCUUUACCGCCGCUGCAGGAGCAGGACCACGGUGUUGCGCCCAGCAAUACCGCCUCCGCCUCCGCCUGCGCCUCGGUCGCCUCCACGGUCACUCCCAAAGAAUUGCCCCUGGAGCUGAGCUCGGCAUUGGAAACGCUGGCCAAGCUACAGCUGCAAACGACAGCCGCCAUCAGCCGGCUGCUGAGCUUCGUUGUGCCCAACUGGCGCACUCGAGCUCAGCUGGAACCGACCAUCAUGGAGCUGAAGCUGGCCGCCUUGCGGCUGCGCACCGCCCUGCACGACCUGGCCGAGUUCGGAGAGGGAGCUUUGGGUAAUGCCACGCGUUCGGAGGACCGCGGCCUGGCCCUCAAACUGCGACCGCUGGUGCGCGCUCUGCGAGACGCCAAUAAGCUGAUUCAUGACUCUUCUGAGUCACUGGACGCCCAGGGUGGCUGGUCCGUGGAGCAGCUAGCGCGCAGUGACGAAAAGCACGGCUGUCGCCCGCCGGACGCCCUUGACCAGCUGAUGGCCUGUGCCCAGACCCUCACCGAGGACGUGCGCUCCACCACCAGCUUCAUCCAGGGCAACGCCUCUCUGCUCUUCAAGCGCCAGGCGCAGCAGCAGAACGGAGGAGCUUCCGUCGUCGAAGGCAGCCGUGGCAGCGCCGAAUGGCUUGAGGACUACGACUAUGUGGCCUUCGAGUCCAAGGAUGCGGCCGCCAGAAAGAAUCAGGCUCUACGCGAGGCCAUCCCCGCUGGCCUGAAGACCCAGUUUGACACGGUCAUCCGCACAGCCGAGAGCACAGCCAUGGGAUCUGUGUCCAGCUCGGGCUCCGUGCCUACCACGCCAACGGCAACGGCCACAACGCCAUGCAAGUCGCCGGAGAUGACCGACAAAGACAAAAAGCUGGUGCGCUACUACGCCCAGCAGAUCUCCACCCACAUGGGCAACCUGAUGCAGGCCAUCGACUCGUUCUUGGAGACGGUGGAGAAGAACCAGCCACCCAAGUUCUUCAUUGCCUACGGCAAGUUCGUAGUGGUCAGUGCUCACAACCUGGUGACCAUCGGCGACAACGUGCAUCGCAACAUCUCGAAAGAGGUUCUCCGCGAGAAGAUCCUGCGCUGCACGAACGGCCUGUCCGAAGCGCUUAAGACCUGCGUUUCCAAGUCGAAGAAGGCGGCGGCGCACUUUCCCAGCGGCAGUGCUGUCCAGGAGAUGGUCGACUCUGUGGUCCACAUCAACAGCCUGGCUCGGGAGCUGAAGACAGUCAUGCUGCAGGCGGUGCAACUGUCUGCGGCAGCCGGAGUUGGAGCCUGAAGCAGCUGCGAUCCGAUUGUGGCUCAGUAUUAACUUGGAGAAGUGCAGUCACGUCUUCCAGACCCCGGCCUCUCCCCACCCACGACGGUUCCUUAACGUUUCGCCUAAAGCUUUGGCCCCCGCAAACGGAAACCCAAACUAACCGAAAUUGGCAUAUCCCCAGCAGCAGCAGACUUGCAUUGUGAUAUUUUUCGAGCGAAACAUCUGAAAAUGCACACAGCCCGACCCCAAGGAGAAGGAGGUCGCCCAGGACUCGGCUUAUAUCUUAGUUGCUACCCAACAGAGUCAGUCGCCUAGCCCAUAAGUUUUGAUUUUGUACAUAGUAUAUCCUAGCUCCCAUCUUAGCUCUAGAAUUUUGUAAAUUCGAUACGAUCCCCACCCCGAGUCCAUACCCGCCAUGCGUGCACCAGCAAUGUUGUAUCAGUGGAUGCAUUUCAGAGUAUUUUUGUAUACUUUAGGAUUAGACCGUAGCACUAGGCACAGCACACACUCAUCCACAUGUAUGUUACGCAUCCAUAGUCAGAAUCUGAAAGGUUACACUCAAGCCCCAAAUGGCAGCGAUGAUAAUCGGGCGGUCAGUCAGUCAGCAAUAUACGAAAAUA